UGUCGUCAGGAUCGUUUUAAUGACUUCAACUGUUGCUCUGUGUCAUGGACGUUGUGGAGCAACACAAGUGGUUCAAUUCCAUUUUACUGGCGGUUUAUGGAGCAGUGUCAUUGGCUUUUAGGGAUGACGUGCCUGCCGUACAGUAUUGAAAAUAUAUCUUUCAGGAUUGAGCUCACGAUGUGGAUAUGAGAGUACAGUUGACAAUGCCACUAAAUCAUAUCUCCAGUUGUGUAUUGAGAUGUCAAGCAGACUGUGUGUGGCCGUCUGUGUCCCCCGUGUUUGUUUUUGGCACCUGUCUGUUUCUGUUUGUGCUGAGAUCCCCAGGUUUGCGUUUGAGUGUGUGUGGUUGCUCCACUUCCCAUUUGCUGCUGUGUCGCUUGGCGGGGGGCUGCAAGGCAAAGGAAUGGGGAAAAUGCAUCAUGGAAGAAAAGCAAACGAUGUUAGAUUAGAUUCUAUUCAUGGAAUUUAGGAGCGCGAUUUAAAUGGGAUUAGUCAGGCCAGAACUAACAUUUGCAGGCUACCCAAGCGUUUUAUAGAGUGGUGCGUUUGAGUCCUUUGUAGUUUUCAGGUCAGUGUUGUUGAGGCUUUUUUGUAUUGUUUAAAUGAAGCAAGUGUCUUGGGCAUCCAGUCAGUGGGAGGACUGAGGAGAUCCUGGAAAAGUUGGCAACACUUGGUUGGUGGCUGUGCCCACCUCCAGCCACUAGGGACGGACCUGCAGACAGAAAGGGGGAGGGAGGACUGAAGUUGGGAAAAGGUGCCUCGGAGAGACGGGCCACAACCUUUACUCCUGCUCCUGUUCCCCUCGAUAAUCCGUACAGAUGCCGCUUCCCCACAGAAGGUAGCAGCUCAAGCCCCGUCUCUGACACGUAUCUUCUCUUGCUUAUUCUCGGAGCGAGCGGACAGGUGGAUCUGAUGGCGAGGGGAUCGUCUCCGCUGCUGCCGGCUCCUGGCAGCCUGGUGCGGGUCGCGCUCCUGCUCGGCUCGCUGUCUUCCAUGUGCCGGAUCUUUGCGUCGUGCCAGGAGUUGCCCACGAACGGAGUGAACGGCUACAGCCUCCACCCGCCCUACUUCAACCUGGCGGAAGGCACCAAAAUCACGGCGACGGCGACCUGCGGGGAGGACGACACCGGCAGGACCCUGCACGACUUGUACUGCAAGCUGGUUGGCGGCCCAGUCUCUGGAGACCCGAGUCAGACCAUCCAGGGCCAGUACUGUGACAUCUGCAGUCAGGGGGACAGUGAUCGCGCCCAUCCAAUCACCAACGCCAUCGAUGGAACAGAGAGAUGGUGGCAGAGCCCACCUCUCUCACGCAGCACUGAGUACAACGAGGUUAACGUGACGCUGGAUCUCGGGCAGCUCUUCCACGUGGCGUACGUGCUGAUCAAGUUUGCCAACUCUCCACGUCCAGACCUCUGGGUUCUGGAGAGAUCUGUUGAUUUUGGCCAAAGCUACCAGCCCUGGCAGUACUUCGCUUCUUCCAAGAGAGACUGCAUUGAGCGAUUCGGCCAGAGGACCAUCGAAAGAAUCAACAGUGAUGACGACAUAGUCUGCACCACUGAGUAUUCACGCAUCGUGCCGCUGGAAAAUGGAGAGAUUGUGGUGUCUUUGGUGAACGGCCGACCUGGAGCGAUGAACUUCUCCUAUUCGCCUGUGUUGAGGGAAUUCACAAAGGCAACUAACAUUCGACUGCGCUUUUUGAGAACCAACACCCUGCUGGGUCACCUGAUGGGAAAGGCACUUCGUGAUCCCACUGUCACUCGGAGGUACUACUACAGUAUCAAAGACAUCAGUAUUGGAGGCCGCUGUGUGUGUAACGGUCAUGCCGAAGCCUGCAACGCCAAAGACCCGAGCGAUCCUUACAAGUUACAAUGUGACUGUCAGCACAACACCUGCGGCGUGUCGUGUGACCAGUGUUGUCCCGGAUUCAACCAAUUGCCAUGGAAGCCAGCCACGACCUACAGUGCAAACGAGUGUGAACAAUGUAACUGCCAUCGCCAUUCAUUUGACUGCUACUAUGACCCGGAGGUGGAGCAGAGGAGAGGCAGCCUGGACAUGCAUGGACACUACAGAGGUGGCGGCGUCUGCCUGAACUGUCAGCAUCAUACCACUGGAGUCAACUGUGAGCGCUGCAUCCCUACAUAUUACAGGUCACCUGACCAUUCGAUCGAUUCCCCACUGGCCUGCUCUCCCUGCGACUGUCGAUCAGAGUUCACCGACGGCACUUGUGAAGACGUGACUGGCCGUUGUUUUUGCAAACCCAACUACACUGGAGAGAACUGCGACUCCUGCGCCAGCGGCUUCAUCAACUUUCCAGAAUGUUACCCGAUCCCCACUUAUCCCACCAAUAACAACAAUGGUGAGGCCAAACCAGCCGGCGAGAUCAUCAAUUGUGAGUGCAGUGCAGCUGGUACAGUAGAUAACUCCUGUCGGCCCGAUCCACGCACGCGAACCUGCAUCUGCAAAAUCGGCUUCACCGGCGACCACUGUGACACCUGUGCUCCCGGCUUCUUUGGCCUCAACUGUCAAGGUUGUCAGUGCUCUGGGCCUGGCUGUCUGGAUGGGUCAUGUGACAUGCUCACCGGGGAAGGUGUGUGUCGGAGUGGUUUCCAGGGUCACCAGUGCGACCAGUGUGCUCCAGGCUACUUUAACUACCCGCUCUGCCAAUUGUGUGGGUGCAGCGCGGUGGGCUCCCUGCCUGAAGGCUGCGACGCGUCUGGUCGAUGCAUGUGCAAACCUGAAUUCCAGGGCCCGCGAUGUGAGCAGUGCAGAUCGGGAUUCCACUCUUAUCCCAACUGUCAAGAGUGCACCUGUGAUCCUCGCACCUCAUUGGAUGCCAGCUGCACUGCCUCAGGACUGUGCAGCUGUCGACCCAACUACAGCGGCGCAUCAUGUGACCAGUGUGCACCUGGUUACUACAGUUACCCAAGCUGCACCCCAUGCCUGUGUUCCACUGAAGGCUCCCGCUACACCAGCUGUGAUCAGGUGACCGGCCAGUGUGUCUGCCUUCCUCACGUGGCUGGACUGAGGUGUGAGAGCUGCGCGCAUGGGGCUUAUGGCUUCCCCAACUGCCAAGCUGGCACCUGUGACCCGGCUGGAUCCGUCCCGUACGUUGUGCCUCCUCCAGUGGGUCAAUGUGAGUGCCGGCUCCACGUGGAGGGCCCAGCCUGCGACAAAUGUAAACCUCUCUUCUGGAAUCUCUCCCCGGACACUCCUGAAGGAUGUUCUAACUGUGAGUGUAACAUCCCCGGAACGUUAAGUGGCGUUGCUGAGUGCGCGCAGGAAACCGGUCAGUGUCACUGCAAGCCAAACACCUGCAGUGGAACCUGCUCCACCUGUAAAGACGGCUACUUUGACCUGCAGGAGAACAAUUACUUUGGCUGCCAGGGUUGUCAGUGUGACAUUGGAGGCUCAGUGGGUCAGUCUUGUGGGGAGCGAAACGGUCGAUGUCGCUGCAGGCCCAAUGUGGAUGGACUUCAGUGCAACAUGCCUCGUCCUGAUCAUUACUUCCCAGAUCUCCAUCAUCUGAAAUUUGAAAUCGAGGAAGGGACCAUGCUGGAUGGGAGACCGGUGCGCUUUGGCUACAACCACCUGGAGUUCCCACAUUUCAGCUGGAGAGGUUACGCUCAGAUGACCCCAAUUCAGUCCAGGGUGUUUGUGUCGGUGUCUGUCACUUCUCCGGACCUCUUCCAUGUGGUGCUGCGAUACGCCAACUGGGGGGGGUCGGAUGUUCAGGGCCGGGUUGCCGUCCUGGAGGACGGCUGGAAGUACUUCUGUGGUAACUGUUCGGAACAAUCGAAACAGAUCGUCUUUGCUCCCAGCGUGGAGCCGACGUUUGUUAACGUACCUCAGAACAACUUUGUUGAGCCCUUUGUGUUGAACCCCGGAACGUGGACUGUGGUCAUCGAGGCUGAGGGAAUCCUUCUGGAUUACUUGGUCCUGCUGCCCAGCGCCUAUUACGAAGCUCCCAUCCUGCAGAUCAAAGUGUCUGAACCCUGCACUUACAGCUCUGUGCCUGAUCCCAAUGAGAACUGUCUGAUGUACAGCUAUCUCUCACUGGAGUCGUUCCCCUCCAUCUCUGGCAACGAUGCAAACUGCCGCCUCGAUAACCACCUUCCUCGUCCGUGCCCGUCUGAAAAGGUCACCCCACGUCACCCCGACAUGGCUGUCUGCAGCGGCUAUGAUAUGAGUGUGGAGCUGCGAACCGAUCUGAGCGCUCCGGGCGACUAUGUUCUGGUCGUGGAAUAUUCAAGUGAAGAAGAAUUACCUCAGACUCUGUCAGUGGCUUUCAACUCACCGGGAGCUCGCAGACAGCAACACACCAUCACUCUGCUGCACUGUAAAUACAGCUUCCUGUGCCGAGUCGUGGCUAUUGACCAACAGAACAGGGUGGCAAUCUUUCCUCUUCCUGCUGACACUGAGCUGCAGCUCAUCUCUGACCGCGCCUCCUUCUUCCUGCACAAAGUGUAUCUGGUGCCAAAAGAUCAAUUCACAAUGGAGUAUAUUGAACCUAAAGUCCAGUGCAUUGGCAGCCAUGGACAGUUUGCACCAGACAGCUCCUCCUGCGUACCCUCACGCUUCCAGAACCCAUCAGACUCGCUGGUUCUGAAGGAGGGUCAGAGUUCCUCCAUGCAGGAUCACUUUCAGGCCACCCCUGCUCCUGCUCCUCCUGUACCCUACCAGCAGAGAGACGAUCCCUCCUGGACUGUUAGGGAGCGUCCUCCUCUUGGUGCAGACAACGGUGACCACGUCAGACUGGAUUCAGAACAGAAUGCAGCAGUUUACUCAGCCCGCGUCCACGCCCUCGGACGUUAUGUAUUCAUCCUCCACUUUCACCAGCCACAACAUCCGACCUAUCCGGUCCAGGUUUUCAUUAAUGGCGGUCGCAUCUGGCAGGGUCAUGCAAACGCCUCCUUCUGUCCCCACGCUUACGGCUGUCGCAACAUCCUGGUGUCCGAAAACAAGAUCAUCCUGGAUGUGACGGAUCACGAGAUCUUCGUCACCGUGCAGAUACCUGCUGGCAAAACACUCUGGCUGGAUUAUAUUCUGGUCGUCCCCGAGGCAAGCUACAGUUCCAGUUUCCUCAGUGAAGAACCGCUGGAUAAAUCCUACGACUUCAUCAGCAACUGUGGCCAAAACAGCUUUCACAUCAAUCCGUCUUCAGCCUCUCCAUUCUGCAUCAGCUCAGCUGUUUCUCUCUCCGCCUUCUUUAACAAUGGGGCAAUGCCGUGUGCCUGUCACGAGUUUGGUGCCGAGAGCGAAACCUGCGAACCAUUUGGCGGUCAGUGCCAGUGUAAACCAAACGUGAUUGGCCGGGAAUGUUCCAUGUGCGCCACGGGCUACUGGGGCUUCCCCAACUGCAGACCCUGUAACUGUGGUUCUAACUUAUGUGAACCUGUGACUGGUGAUUGCAUCUGCCCCCCGCGCACCGUCCGCCCGGACUGCACCCAGUGUGAGCCUCAGACUUUUGGCUGUCACCCGGUGGUUGGGUGUGAGAUCUGCAACUGCUCUCGACCAGGAAUCAUAUCUGCCGACUACAGCUGUGACACUCUCAGUGGACAGUGCAGAUGUAAGAACAACAUCGUCGGCCGUCAGUGUGACCGCUGCGCCCCUGGUUUCUAUGGCUACCCCAACUGCAGGCAGUGUGACUGCAACGAGGCUGGAACUGAGGAGGAAGUGUGCGACUCCUUCACUGGACAGUGUCUCUGCAAGGAAAAUGUUCAGGGGUCCCGCUGUGACCAGUGCAGAGUUGGGACAUUCCACUUGGACCCAACUAACCCCAAGGGUUGCACCAGCUGCUUCUGUUUUGGAGCCACAGACCGCUGUCGCAGCUCUGACAAAAGACGGUUUGAGGUGAUGAACAUGGAGGGCUGGGUGCUACUCAGUGCUGACAAACAGGAAGUGCCGGUGACAUCGUACCCAGGUCAGGAUCUUGUAGAGGCAGAUCUCAGCGACGUGCCCGAUGUCUACCAGGAUCUCCACUGGCAUGCACCCAGGACUUAUCUGGGUGAUAAGGUCUCUUCCUAUGGAGGUUAUCUGAGGUAUCGUCUCCACACUCAAACUAUGAGAGGUGAUGUUCUGUCACUGCCAGCGGAAGCCCCCAGGCCUGACAUCAUCCUCAAGGGCAACCAGAUGACUCUGGUGUUUAUGGAGCGUGAGUAUUCAUCGCCUGAGGAACCUCACAUUGGAAUAGUUCACAUAGUGGAGGGAAGCUUCCGUCACGCACAGACUGGCAACUCUGUGUCACGUGAGGAGCUGAUGAUGGUCCUGGUCGGUUUGGAGUCUCUUCAGAUCCGAGCGCUUCACUCUCAGUCGGCCCACUCCGUGUCAAUACGAGGCGUCGUGCUGGAUGGAGCUGAAUCCCGCCCCACUGGCCGCCAUGCAAACAACGUGGAGAUCUGCAUGUGCCCUGCGAAUUAUUUGGGAGAUUCUUGUCAGAAAUGUGCUCCCGGUUACUACAGGGACACCAUUGGUCUGUUUUUGGGCAAGUGUGUUCCCUGCAACUGUAACGGACACUCUGACACUUGUCUGGAUGGAACUGGCAUCUGCCUGAACUGCCAGCACAACACCGUCGGCGACCACUGUGAGAAGUGCCAGGGUGGCUUCCUUGGCAACAACUCCCUGGAUGGACAGGCGCUGGCAUGCUCCAGUUGUCCGUGUCCGCUCCGAGUGCCAUCCAACAAUUUUGCAGAGGGCUGUGUGCAGAAACAGGAGAGGAUGCAGUGCUUGUGCAUGCCGGGAUACGCAGGACCUCACUGUGAAAGAUGUGCCCCUGGUUACUACGGAAACCCCAUGGUGCUGGGAAGCAAGUGCCAGCUGUGCGACUGCCACGGCAACACAGACCCAAACAUGUUGUUCACAGACUGUCACCCUCUGACUGGUGAAUGCCUCAGCUGUAUGCACAACACCGCCGGGCCACACUGUGACGUCUGUGCUCCCGGUUACUAUGGCGAUGCCAUCCUUGCCAAAAACUGCACCAAAUGCAACUGUUCUCCAUGUGGCACUGAGUCCUGUGAUCCUCACACCGGCCGCUGCCGCUGCAAACCAGGAGUCGCUGGAGCUCAGUGCGACCGCUGCCUGGAUGGAGCGUUUGGCUUCGACACCUGCUCUGGCUGCCGUCAGUGUGACUGCGAUGCGUCGGCCGCUCUGGUCCAGCCGUGUGAUCCUCAGAGUGGUCAGUGUUCGUGCCAGCCGGGAGUCAACGGGCCCAACUGCAAACAGUGCGCGCCUGGCUUCUGGGACUACGGGCCCAAUGGAUGCAAGAAAUGUCACUGUAAAGGUGGCCACUGUGACCCGCGGACCGGAGAGUGCCGCUGUCCUGAUGGCAUGACAGGCAAACAGUGUGACGUCUGCGAACACAAGUACAGCGUCCCUGUGGAGCAUGGCCACGACAUGCACUGUGAACGCUGCGACAGCUGCGUCAUCGUGCUGCUGGAGGAUCUGGACCAGAUGAAUGCAGAGUUCCUCCGAGUCGCCGAGCAACUGAAGAAUCUCAACGCCAGCUCCAUUGCCUGGACUCAGCUGCAGAACCUCAACAAGUCCAUGGAGGAAAUAGCUAAAACCAUUGAGAACUACAACAGCACACUGGAUGACAGCAGAAGUCGGGCUGAUGUGUUGGAAGCUGAAAUUGCCAACAUUAAUUCAGACAUCAACGAGCUGCACGAUAAGUCUUCGCUGACGUCAGACCGAGUGGGUGACUUGGACAACAGUACCUCAGACACCCACCAGAGGGCGGCAGAGCUGCUGUCAUUCGUCCACAACAUGACCAUGGAAAUAAAUGACAUCUUGGUGAUGGCGAACCGCACGUCAAUGAAUGAGACUGAAGACGACCAGGAUGACGACGAGAGGGCGCGGAAGAUGGCAGAAGUGCAGUCCAUGCUGAGAGAGAUGCGGUUCAGAAGCUGCGUCGGACAGAAGAAAGUGGCUGAAAAGGAGAAGAAUGAGGCGGAAAAAUUAUUGAAUAAAGUCAACAAGUCGUUCAAGGAUCGCCAAAUGGAGAACGACGACACAGCCAAGGCUAUUAGAGACCGUUUGGCCCGCAUGAAUUCUGUGAUGAUGGACCUGCGAGACGCUCUGAACGACGCUGUGAACAAAACGGCUCAAGCUGUAGAGCUGAACAACGCCAAUGAGAAAACGCUGGAGGAUAAUCAGAGGAAGAUAGACAGUUUGGUGGCUGAUCAGAAGGAGUUAGAAGACCAAUUGAGCAGGGCAGAAGACGGCGUUGCCCAGGUCAAUGACAUGCUGCCAAUGCUGCAAGACCUCAAGGAGGAGUACGAGCGAUUGUCGGCCCAGUUGGAUGGAGCUCGAGCACCGUUGGCUAAGAAAGUGGAGAGUUUUGGUUGGGUGGACUCAAAGAUUCUCCUGGUGGAGGACGCAGAGCGACACGCGGCCAUGCUCAACACUUUGGCAAACAAUCUGUCCAGUUUGGUGGAAGAUACCAAGGGUGAGGGCUUUGUCGACGUAACCAAGGCGUACAACAACAUCAUCAACAGCAUCAAGGAGGCAGAGAGAGCAGCUAAAAUGGCCGACAAAGCUGCGACCACAGCACUGGAGAAUGUGCAGGACCAAGACCUUGGCCAGGUGGCUGACUCGCUGAGGAACCACAGUCUGGAGCUGAAGGAUGAAGUCACCGGUCUGCGUGAAGAGCUGGAGAAUGAUCUGAAGCCACAGCUUAAAGAUGCAAAGAGACGACUGGAGGAUGCGAAGAUGAAACAGUCCGACGUGAUGAAGGAGCUGAAGAGUGCUCAGGAGAGCCUCAACCUCACCUCAGAUGCGGGACAGCUGAUAGACGAGGCGAAGCGAGCUGCCGAGCUGGCGAACACGACUGCGACAAACGUCAGCGACACUCUGCGACCCAUCAAGGAGAAGCUGGACCAGUGGCAGCAGACCUACGGCGACGCCAACGCCACCAAUGAGGACAUCAACAAAGCCCUAAUGGAGGCCAACAAGACAGUGAACAUGCUGGGAGACACCAUUCCUGUCCUCCUGAAGAAGCUGGAUAAGCUGCAGAAUCACUCCACACAGAUGCCCAACAUCUCCGAGGACAUCAGCCGUAUUCGACAGCUCAUCCAGCAGGCCCGGAAUGCUGCCAGCAAAGUCAGCGUGCCAGUCAAGUUCAACGGCGCCUCUGGCGUCCAGGUCCGCACGCCACCCAACCUGGCUGACCUGGCCGCCUACACUUCCCUCAAGUUCUACAUCACUCUGCCCGAGGCGGCGCGCGCCCGGCGGCAAGGAGACAACGUCAAGCAGUUUGUCUUCUACCUCGGCAACAAAGACUCUUCCAAGGAGUUCCUGGGCAUGGCUCUGGAAGGCAAGCGGCUCCGCUGGUACUUCAACGUCGGAGGAGAAACCGCCGAGGUGCUCAUGUCUGAAGACGUCAAUUCCAAUGGGAACUUCAACAGCAUCAUGCUCGAGAGAAUCCUGCAGUACGGUCAAAUGGCCAUGUCAUCCGAGGCCACGGAGGGAGACCAGCGGGUGACCAAAGCCUACGUGGAGGCUGGAGGAGAUCAGGGUCUGCUCAACCUGCUGACCGACGACACCGUGUUCUACGUGGGUGGCUACCCGAGCACGUUCAAGCCGCCCUCGGCCCUCGCCCUGCCCAACUUCAAGGGCUGCAUCGAGCUGGACACGCUCAACGAAGAGGUGCUCAGUUUGUACAACUUUGAAAACAUCUUCAAGCUCAACACCACUGAGGAGAGGCCGUGCGGCAGGGCCAAGCCCGUGCUGACCCAGGCCUGGGUGAACGACGCCGCCUACUUCGAUGGAACCGGCUACGCUCAGAUCACCUUCUCGGAUGUGUCUGCCAACAUCCAGCGCUUCGAACAGGAAGUGAAGCUGCUCUCACACAACGGGAUCUUGCUGCUGCUGCAGAGCGGGAGUCAGUUCCUCUGUCUGGCGGCUCGUCACGGAAUCCUGAAGGUGUUCUAUCAGUUCACCGGCGGCCUGUCGGAAAUGCAGCCCAAAGACCCGACCUCCGAUUCGCUGAAGAUCAGCGAUGCCGACCCCAAAGCUGUGGAGAUCAUCAUCAUGCGCAGCCAGAAACGCGUGGUGGUGAGGAACAACCGGAUCAUCGUGUACGUGCACCAGUUCCAGGAGGACAUCCCUCCAUUCAGCGGCCACUACUUCCUCGGAGGAGUCCCGGACAACCAGAUGCCUGCAGGGUUGAAGUCUCAGUUCCGCAAGCACGGAUCUGUGAAGGGCUGUUUCCGGAACCUGAAGGCCGAGAGCUCCCACAUCGACCUGAAGAGGAUGAAGAGCUCUGGAGUCAGCUUUGGCUGCGACAGCGAUCUCCUGGUGGCGCGAGAGGCUCAUUUCUCGGGUCAGAGCUACCUGGACUUGGCUCUGACCGAUGUUCCCACCCUGAGGAACAAUUUCUACGCCAGUUUCAGCUUCCGAACGGAGAAGAGGGACGGCCUCAUGUUCUACCACCAGGACAAGGACGGCGUGUGCCAGGUGUUCUUGAACGACGGCCACGUGGUGGUGAGAGCCGGCAACAGCGAGGUCAGGACGCAGAAAACCUACAAUGAUGACAACAGCCACUACGUCGCCAUCUACAACAACCUGCAGGGGAUGCGGCUGUACAUGGACGACAUGCUGGAGAAAGCCAAGGAGGGGCUCCGCCUGGACAGCAGGAACCGAGCCGUUUCCAGCGUGUCAGAGGGCAGCACGUUCCUGGGAGGAACUCCUGACCAAAGCUUGAGCAACCUCACCGGGUGCAUCAGCAACGUCUUCAUCAAACGGGAGUCUCAAACCCAAGCGGUGAUGAACCUGCUGAAGGUGAAGGAAAACGUCAACGUUCCUCUCGACUGUCCUGCGGCCAAAAAGCCUCAGCAGGUGGUGGCGGCAGCUCCCAAGCCCAAGACCCGGGGGAAGAACAAGAAGCCCUCGGCUUCACGCAGCCGUAAUACCAGAGAGUCCUGCAAGGGGGAGCUGUCGGACCAGGAGGCUGGAGCCACUCACUUCAGCGGCUCCACGCACAGCUACCAGAGGUUCGACUCCCUGCCCAGCGCGCUCAGUUCCAGACCUCACAUCUCCAUGGCCGUCAAGAUCAACUCGUCCGAGGGUCUGGUUCUUCACGUGGCCGGCGGCCAGCGAGGGGCGCUGAUGUCACUGGGCGUCUCCGACGGACACCUGCUGCUGCUCAUCGACGGAGGGAAGAAGAAAGUCACCCUGCGCAGCCGCAAGAAGUACAACGACGGCCAGUGGCACACGGUGUUCAUAAAGCGUGAGGGAGAGAAGAUGAGUCUGAUCGUGGAUGGCAUCAGCGCCCAGUCCAAAAGAGUCCCAGGAGGGGAGCGCAGUCGUCUGACCGGGCCGCUCUACAUCGGAGGAGUUCCCCCGUCCCUCGUGGCUUCCGGGUCAGGCGGAUUCAUCGGCUGCGUCCGGGAUCUGACGCUGAAUGAGGCUCCGUCUGGACGUCCCGACCACAGCCAGGGGACGGUGCCGUGCUUCCAGAACUCCCUCCUGCCCGGCGCCUACUUCUCUGGACAGGGCGGUCACAUGACCAUAGACGAGUCCUUGAUCCUGGGACGGGAUUUUGAGAUCCAGCUGGAGGUGCGGCCCGUGUCCGAUUCUGGACUGCUGUUGCACGCUGGAGCGUCUGCUGACCAGCACCUGACCCUGGUCAUCAACCAAGGAGAGGUGACCUUGGCCAUGAACAGUGGCAGAGGGGAACAUUCGCUGUCCCACACUCCGGAUGAGGCCUUGUGUAACGGACGCUGGCACACCAUCACAGUGGUGAAGAGAAACAGCAUCCUGCAGCUCCAUGUGGAUUCUGCCAGCGAGCACGGGUUCGGACCCAAACAGAACCGCUCGUCCGGGUCCAAGGAGAUUGUUUACCUCGGGGGAGUUCCAGACGGCGUCACCGUUCCGGGUCUCCCCCUCGGCCUCCCGGCCUUCCACGGCUGCAUCCGGAAAGCCUCCAUCAACAGCAAGGCCGCGUCCCUGGUCAAGCCCCUGUCGGUGCACGGCUCCGUGGGGACGCGGGGCUGCCCCUCCAUGUAGGCUCUGGACACACACUCACAGACUGACUCGCAUUCCUCCCGACGUACCUGGUGGUGGGUGUCAUGUAACUGUAGCUAAUUUAAAUAUAUAUAUAUAUAUAUAUUUGUGAAUAUUUAUUUUCUUCUCAGAAAAUGUUAUAUUUCGGAUGUGUCCUCACAACUUGUGCUACAGGGUGCUACAACACUGACGACUGCCUGCAUGCAAGCGACUCUGACGUCAGCUUCUAAAUAAUAUUGAUGUAGUAUAUUGUAAAUACAUUUGGAUUUGACAUGAUUAUUUUUGCUAUUUACAAGACCAAUUAGGCUGCGUAUUGCUCUAGCUGUGAAUGUGAAGUAUAUAUCCACACGUGCUGAGUCGGUACACUGAACUUUACCUGUUGAAAUCGAAAUGACUGCAGUUUGGCAACUCGUGUAAAGAACCACGCCUGAACUUGACCCGUCCAGACUGCAGGGACUAUUUUCUCUCCACCAAACACAAGUGUGACUCUUCGUAACCGCCUUAUAAUCACACUGUUACCAUAAGCUGUCAGCCCCCUACACACCCUCCUCCUUGUACAUGUACCUUUUGAAAUAAAGAUUGUUUUUCAUACCA